AGGCUGUAGGAGCUGAAGACUUCCCAGGCUCCUUCAAGUGGGGCAGAAACAAGGGUUUGCCAACCAUUAUCUUCUCAGCACAGCAGCUACUUAAAAUGCCUGGGAAGGUGGCCGUGAACUUUGGAGUCUCAAAUAUACUUUGGAUAGUAUUUGCAGCUUCUCAAGCUUUUAAAAUAGACACCUCCCCGGAAUACAGAACUCUGGCUCAAAUUGGUAACUCCAUCAUGUUGACUUGUAGCACGGAAGGCUGUGAGUCCCCAUCUUUCUCCUGGAGAACUCAGAUAGACAGUCCAUUGAAUGGGAAGGUGAAGAACGAGGGGACCAAGUCUACGCUGACCAUGGAUCCUGUUAGUUUUGAGAAUGAACACUCUUACCUGUGUACAGCAACUUGCGGAUCUGGGAAGCUAGAAAAAGAAAUCCAGGUGGCUAUCUACUCUUUCCCAAAGGAUCCAGAGAUUCAUUUGAGUGGCCCUCUAGAGGUCGGGAAGCCUAUCACAGUCAAGUGUGUUGUCCCUGAUGUAUACCCGUUUGACAGGCUGGAGAUGGAUUUAUUGAAAGAUGACCAUCUCAUGAAGAAGGAGGAGUUUCUGGAGGAUAUGGACAGGAAGUCUCUGGAAACCAAGAGUUUAGAAGUAACCUUUACUCCUGUCAUUGAGGAUAUUGGAAAAGCUCUUGUUUGCAGAGCUAAAUUACACAUUGAUGAAAUUGAUUCUGUGCCCAAAGAAAGGGAGACUACCAAAGAACUUGAGGUCUACAUCUCACCCAAGAACACAGUUAUCUCUGUGCAUCCCUCCACGAGGCUGCAGGAAGGUGACUCUGUGACAAUGACAUGUUCUAGUGAGGGCUUACCUGCUCCAGAGAUUUUCUGGAGCAAGAAAUUAGAUAAUGAGUAUGUUCAGCUUCUCUCUGGGAACGCAACUCUCACUUUAAUUGCCAUGAGGAUGGAAGAUUCUGGAAUUUAUGUGUGUGAAGGAGUUAACUUGAUUGGAAGAAAUAGAAAAGAGGUGGAAUUAAUUGUUCAAGAAAAACCAUUUACUGUCGACAUCUCCCCUGGGCCCUGGGUUGCUGCUCAGAUUGGUGACUCAGUCGUGCUGACAUGUGGUGUCACAGGCUGUGAGUCCCCUUCUUUCUCUUGGAGAACGCAGAUAGACAGCCCUCUGAGCGGGAAGGUGAGGAGUGAGGGGACAGAGUCCACGCUGACCCUGAGCCCUGUGAGUUUGGAGAAUGAACACUCUUACCUGUGUACUGUGACAUGUGGACGUAAGAAACAGGAGAAGGGAAUCCACAUCGAGCUCUACUCAUUCCCUAGAGAUCCAGAAAUUGAGAUGAGUGGCUUGCUGGUGAAUGGGAACCCUGCCACGGUGAGCUGUACGGUUUCUGAUGUGUACCCCCUUGACCAUCUGGAAAUUAGACUACUGAAGGGGGAGGCUGUUCUGAUGAAUAAGCACUUUUUGGAGGAAACGGACAUGAAAUCCCUAGAGACCAGAAGUCUGGAAAUGACUUUCACCCCCAGCCCUGAAGAUUCUGGAAAAGUUCUUAUUUGUCAGGCUAAGUUACAUAUUGGUGAAAUGGAAUCUGAACCCAAACAAAGGCAGAACACACAGACCCUUUAUGUCAACGUCGCCCCCAAAGAUCCUACCAUCUUGGUCAGCCCCUCCUCCAUCCUGGAGGAGGGCAGUUCUGUGAAUAUGACAUGCUACAGUGAUGGCUUUCCAGCUCCAAAAACCCUGUGGAGUAGACAGCUAAAUAAUGGGGAUGUUCAGCCCCUUUCUGAGAAUACAACUCUCACCUUACCUUCUACAAAAAUGGAAGAUUCUGGCAUUUAUGUGUGUGAAGGGAUUAACCAGGCUGGAAUAAGCAGAAAAGAAGUUGAAUUAAUCAUCCAAGUUUCUCCAAAAGACAUGCAGCUUACAGCUUUUCCCUCUGAGAGCGUCAAGGAAGGAGAUACCGUCAUUAUCUCCUGCACAUGUGCAAAUGUUCCAGAGACUUGGAUAAUCCUGAAGAAAAAAGCGGAGUCGGGGGACACGGUGCUGAAGUCUAUUGAUGGCGCGUACACCAUCCGCAAAGCCCAGCUGCAGGAUGCAGGCGUGUACGAGUGCGAAUCGAAAAAUGAAGUCGGCUCCCAGUCGAGGAGUUUAACACUUGAUGUUAAAGGAAGAGUAAAUAACAAGGAUUAUUUUUCUCCUGAACUUCUGGUGCUCUAUUGUGCUUCCUCCCUAAUAAUUCCUGCCAUUGGGAUGCUUAUCUACUUUGCAAGAAAAGCCAACAUGAAAGGAUCAUACAGUCUUGUCGAGGCACAGAAAGCAAAAGUGUAGCUAACACCUGAAAGGUUCACCCGGAAACACGAUUUGUAAGACCAAAUCAUCGUUCCACCAUCAAGAGCAAAAGACUUCACAGAGAAUGCAGCAAAAAAAGUCACUGCCCUUGAGACGAGAUGACAGGAAGGGAUUCUCAGAUGUGUACAUAUAAUGACAUGACCUGUACAUAUGUAAAAUAAAAUUAUGCCAAGGCAAGUUUGCUUGGUAUAGCAGCACUCUAUAUUCAGCUCACAGUGCUGUUUGGACUGACUGUUAUAACUUAAUGCAUCUUAGGAAAAUUUAAUGUUAAUAUUGACUGGCAGCUGACUAGUAUUAUCUUUCUUAUGUUUUAAAUUUUUAAACAAAAUUUGGAUCCUAUGAAUUCUAUUGACAAUAAUUUCAGGUGUAAAAAAAAAGCCAGGGUCUUAUUUUUUUUAUAGGAAAAUUAUAAACAAAGAGGGCACUGGGUUGACUUUCAGGUACUAAAUACCUCAACUGAUGGUAUGGUUGACCGGGUUUCUCUGUAUGGUACGGCAUGGUAAGGAGAUGUUUUAUGAUGAUUGUUCAUUGAAAUCUUUGUAACUUGACUAACUUGGUUUAAA